CGUGAUGAGCGGCCACCAACACUAACCUUGCGCUGGUGUGCAAGCACCGUGGGACCUGCCCCCUGGGUUGCUCGGGCAGUCGGCGCCCCCUGAUGGUGCUGGGCCGCCGUCGGAGCCCCUGGACCACUCGAAUCUGAUCUCGGCCGUGGUGGACUGUGGCAGGAUGUGUCGACGAUGAUGAUGGCAAGAAAGCAAGAUGUCCGCAUCCCCACCUACAACAUCAGCGUGGUGGGCCUGUCCGGGACGGAGAAGGAGAAGGGCCAGUGCGGCGUCGGGAAGUCCUGCCUCUGCAACCGCUUUGUGCGCCCCAGCGCCGACGAGUUCCACCUGGACCACACCUCCGUGCUCAGCACCAGCGACUUCGGGGGCCGCGUGGUCAACAACGAUCACUUCCUCUACUGGGGCGAGGUGGGCCGCUCCCUGGAGGACUGCGUGGAGUGCAAGGUGCAUGUGGUGGAGCAGACCGAGUUCAUUGACGACCAGACUUUCCAGCCGCACCGCAGCACGGCCCUGCAGCCCUACAUCAAGCGUGCGGCUGCCACCAAGCUGGCCUCCGCCGAGAAGCUCAUGUACUUUUGCACGGACCAGCUGGGGCUGGAGCAGGACUUUGAGCAGAAGCAGAUGCCCGACGGGAAGCUGCUGGUGGACGGCUUCCUCCUGGGCAUCGACGUCAGCCGGGGCAUGAACAGGAACUUCGACGACCAGCUCAAGUUUGUCUCCAACUUGUACACCCAGCUGGCCAAGACCAAGAAGCCCAUCGUGGUGGUCCUGACCAAGUGUGACGAGGGCGUGGAGCGGUACAUUCGGGACGCGCACACUUUCGCCUUGAGCAAGAAGAACCUGCAGGUUGUGGAGACCUCGGCCCGGUCCAACGUCAACGUGGACCUGGCCUUCAGCACCUUAGCGCAGCUCAUCGACAAGAGCCGGGGCAAGACGAAGAUCACCCCGUACUUCGAGGCCCUGAAGCAGCAGAGCCAGCAGAUCGCCGCGGCCAAGGACAAGUACGAGUGGCUGGUGAGCCGCAUCGUGAAGCACCACAAUGAGAGCUGGCUGAGCGUCAGCCGCAAGAUGCAGGCCUCGCCCGAGUACCAGGACUACGUCUACCUGGAGGGCACGCAGAAGGCCAAGAAGCUCUUCCUGCAGCACAUCCACCGCCUCAAGCAGGAGCACGUGGAGCGCCGGCGGAAGCUCUACCUGGCAGCCCUGCCGCUGGCCUUCGAGGCCCUGGUCCCCAGCCUCGACGAGAUCGACCACCUCAGCUGCGCCAAAGCCAAAAAGCUCCUGGAGGCCAAGCCGGAGUUCCUCAAGUGGUUCGUGGUGCUGGAGGAGACGCCGUGGGACGCCACCAGCCACAUCGACAACAUGGAGAACGAGCGGAUCCCCUUCGACGUGGUGGACACCGCCCCCGCCGAGCAGCUGUACGAGGCCCACCUGGAGAAGCUGCGGACCGAGCGGAAGCGCGCCGAGAUGCGCCGGGCCUUCAAGGAGAACCUGGAGAGCUCGCCCUUCAUCACGCCCGGCAAGCCCUGGGAGGAGGCCCGCAGCUUCAUCAUGAACGAGGACUUCUACCAGUGGCUGGAGGAGGCCGUCUACCUGGACCUCUACGGCAAGCACCAGAAGCAGAUCAUCGAGCGGGCCAAGGAGGAGUUCCAGGAGCUGCUGCUGGAGUGCUCCGAGCUCUUCUACGAGCUGGAGCUGGACGCCAAGCCCAGCAAGGAGAAGAUGGGCGUCAUCCAAGAGGUGCUGGGCGAGGAGCAGCGCUUCAAGGCGCUGCAGAAGCUGCAGGCGGAGCGCGACGCCCUCAUCCUGAAGCACGUCCACUUUGUCUACCACCCCACCAAGGAGACGUGCCCCAGCUGCCCCGCCUGCGUGGAUGCCAAGAUCGAGCACCUGAUCGCCUCCCGCUUCCUCCGGCCGGCCGACCGCAACCAGAAGAACUCCCUGUGCGACCCCAGCAUCGACCGGAUCAACCUGGUCAUCCUGGGCAGGGACGGCCUGGCCCGCGAGCUGGCCAACGAGAUCCGCGCCCUCUGCACCAACGACGACAAGUACGUGAUCGACGGGAAGAUGUACGAGCUGUCCCUGCGGCCCAUCGAGGGCAACGUGCGGCUCCCGGUCAACUCCUUCCAGACACCGACCUUCCAGCCCCACGGCUGCCUCUGCCUGUACAGCUCGAAGGAGUCCCUGUCCUAUGUCGUGGAGAGCAUCGAGAAGAGCCGGGAGUCCACGCUGGGCCGGCGCGACACCCACCAGGCCCACCUGCCGCUGACGCUGAUCCUGGUGAACAAGAGGGGCGACGCCAGUGGGGAGUCCCUGCACAGCCUGAUCCAACAGGGCCAGCAGGUCGCCAGCAAGCUGCAGUGCGUCUUCCUGGACCCGGCCUCUGCCGGCAUUGGGUACGGCCGCAACAUCAACGAGCGGCACAUCAGCCAGGUGCUGAAGGGCCUCCUGGACUCGAAGCGCAACCUCAACCUGGUGGGCUCCACCCCGAGCAUCAAGGAGCUGGCUGACGCCGACCUGCGCAUCGUCAUGUGCCUGAUGUGCGGGGACCCCUUCAGUGCCGACGACAUCCUGCUCCCCGUCCUCCAGGCCCAGACCUGCAAGUCCUCCCAGUGCGGGGGGAGCAGCUCGGUCCUGCUGGAACUGCCCGUCGGCCUCCACCGGAGGCGCAUCGAGCUGUCCAUCCUCUCAUACCACUCCUCGUUCAGCAUCCGCAAAAGCCGCCUGGUGCACGGCUACAUCGUGUUCUACUCGGCCAGGCGGAAGGCCUCCCUGGCCAUGCUGCGUGCCUUUCUCUGCGAAGUGCAGGACAUUGUCCCCAUCCAGCUGGUGGCGCUGACGGAUGGCGCCGUCGACGUCCUGGACAACGACGUGAGCCGCGAGCAGCUGACGGAGGGCGAGGAGAUCGCCCAGGAGAUUGACGGGCGCUUCGCCAGCAUCCCCGGCGGACAGCCACAGCCCAAGCUGGAGCUCUUCCACCCGUUCUUCAAGGACGUGGUGGAGAAGAAGAACAUCGUGGAGGCAGCGCACAUGUACGACAACGCGGCAGAGGCCUGCAGCACCACCGAGGAGGUGUUCAGCUCGCCACGGGCCGGCUCGCCGCUCUGCAAUUCCAACCUGCAGGACUCCGAGGAGGACCCCGAGCCCCCCGCCUACGGGCUGUUCCGCGAGGACACGCCGCUGCCUGCCCUGUCCAAAGACCACUCCAAGCUCUCCAUGGAGCUGGAGGGCAGCGACGGGCUGUCCUUCUUCAUGAGCAACUUUGAGAGCAAGCUCAACCACAGAGUCCCGCCGCCCGUCAAGCCCAAGCCGCCCGUCCACUUUGACAUCACCAAGGGGGACUUGUCCUACUUGGACCAGGGCCACCGCGACGGCCAGCGCAAGUCUGUGUCCUCCAGCUGGCUCCCGCCGGAUGGCUUUGACCCCUCGGACUACGCCGAGCCCAUGGACGCGGUGGUCAAGCCGAGGAACGAGGAGGAGAACAUCUACUCGGUGCCCCACGACAGCACCCAGGGCAAGAUCAUCACCAUCCGCAACAUCAACAAGGCCCAGUCCAACGGCAGCGGCAACGGCUCCGACAGCGAGAUGGACACCGGCUCCCUGGAGCGGGGCCGCAAGGUGUCUGUGGUCAGCAAGCCGGUGCUGUACAGGACGCGGUGCGCCCGCCUGGGGAGGUUUGCCAGCUACCGGACCAGCUUCAGCGUGGGCAGCGACGACGAGCUGGGGCCCAUCCGGAAGAAGGAGGAGGACCAGGCGUCCCAGGGCUACAAAGGGGACAAUGCCGUCAUCCCGUAUGAGACCGACGAGGACCCCAGGAGGAGGAACAUCCUCCGCAGCCUGAGGAGAAACACGAAGAAACCAAAGCCCAAACCCCGGCCGUCCAUCACAAAGGCAACUUGGGAGAGCAACUACUUUGGGGUGCCGCUGACGACGGUCGUGACCCCAGAGAAGCCGAUCCCCAUCUUCAUCGAGAGGUGUAUCGAGUACAUUGAAGCCACGGGUCUGAGCACCGAGGGCAUCUACCGAGUCAGCGGGAACAAGUCCGAGAUGGAGAGCCUCCAGAGACAGUUUGACCAAGACCACAACUUGGACCUGGCGGAAAAGGACUUCACCGUGAACACGGUGGCCGGAGCCAUGAAGAGCUUCUUCUCGGAGCUGCCUGACCCGCUGGUCCCCUACAGCAUGCAGAUCGACCUGGUGGAGGCCCACAAAAUCAACGACCGGGAGCAGAAGCUGCACGCCCUCAAGGAGGUGCUGAAGAAGUUCCCGCGGGAGAACCACGAGGUCUUCAAAUACGUCAUCUCACACCUGAACAAGGUCAGCCACAACAACAAGGUGAAUCUCAUGACCAGCGAGAACCUCUCCAUCUGCUUCUGGCCCACGCUCAUGCGACCGGACUUCAGCACCAUGGACGCGCUGACGGCCACGCGCACCUACCAGACAAUCAUCGAGCUCUUCAUCCAGCAGUGCCCCUUCUUCUUCCACAACCGGCCCCUCGGCGAGCCCGCCGGCGCCCCGCCCAGCUCCCCCUCCAGCCUGGCUGCCACCGUGCCCUUCCUCACCUCCACGCCCGUCCCCACCCAGCCCUCACCCCCACAGUCGCCCCCACCCACCCCCCAGUCCCCGCUGCAGCCCCUGCUGCCUGCACAGCUCCAGGCCGAGCACACGCUGUGAGCGGGGCUGCGCUGCUCAAGCACCUCCUUCUCCGCGCAGACGGCCGCGGGCCUGGUCUCGCACAGACCACCCAGGGCCUGCCAACCAGCCGAGGACCUGCCCUUUGCCCUGGACCCCUCUGAGGAACCCCCCAGGCCUCGCUGACCGUGCAGAGCCACAGGGCGCCGGGCGGGCUGUUGCCCCGAAGAGAACGUGUCCCCCCCACUUUGUCUUCUCCCACCCCGUGUCUGUACCCUGGCCAGGGCUGGGCCUGCUUGACCACCCAGUGUGCUCCCCACCAGGCACGGUGCUGAGUGUCAGCCCGGCCCCCGGACACAGCCGUGGACAGCCGAGGGAGUACUGGAGGAGCGGCGGGAGCCUCCCCCCCACCCCACCCCCACCAGUCUGAGAGGAAAAGGACAAACAGCCCCAGCUGGGGAUGGACGGACGGAUGGGGCAGUGGGUACCAGCUCUCCCCUGCCCCACAGGACAGCACUGAGCCCUUGCUGGGGGGCUGCCAGAAACACUACAUAAUUGUGAAACACUAGUGUGAGUGAGUGAACGAGCGACCCUGUGGGAGCAAGUGUGAGCGCGUGUGUGCACGAAUGGACCUGGGGCAGGACCAGGGGGCUCCAUGCAGGCUCUUUUUCCCUGCCAGUGACGGGGUGGAGGUCUCUGGGUGUUGUUCAGGGAACCCGGACCCUCCUACCCCCACAGUGGUGGUCUCUGGCUGUCACUGCCUGCAGGUCACUCACUGCUGCCCUCCUGUGGCCUUGCUCAGCCCUUCCUGAGAAGUGACCGUCCCCUCAGCUUCCUGGCGCCCCCCCCCCCC